GGGAGUUGCGCCAGUUGCGCCACCGGAAGCAAGUCGCUCUUUCCAAUCUUUCCAUGAUUCCUGUGUGAAUCGUAUUGAAACGGCAGGCUUGUAGUCGAUAAAAUUUGCAGAAAUGCCGCCAAAAAGGGGAAAGGUUCAGAAGGAAGAGGUGCAGGUCUCUCUCGGGCCUCAGCUUCGCGAGGGAGAGGUCGUCUUCGGAGUGGCUCACAUUUUCGCCAGCUUCAAUGACACAUUCGUCCACGUUACCGAUUUGUCCGGCAGAGAGACAAUCGCUCGAGUCACUGGCGGUAUGAAAGUAAAGGCGGAUCGUGAUGAGGCCUCGCCCUACGCAGCUAUGCUUGCAGCCCAGGAUGUUGCAGAAAAAUGUAAAUCAUUGGGCAUCACAGCACUGCACAUCAAACUGAGAGCUACGGGAGGCAAUAAGACGAAGACUCCUGGCCCAGGUGCGCAAUCUGCUCUGCGCGCUUUGGCCCGUUCGAGCAUGAAGAUCGGACGUAUUGAAGAUGUAACCCCUAUUCCAUCAGACUCUACUCGCAGGAAGGGAGGUCGCCGUGGACGAAGGCUAUAAGCUAUUCUUAUGGCUAUCUAUCUGGUUUAUCUUUCAAUAAAUAUUUAAAGAAAAGGAAACGUUUGCAUUUCUGUGAGAUACAACUUUUAUUCAAAUUUUUAUACAGAGAACAUAAAAAGUA